AUGGAACAUCCCGUACAGGAAGACACCUCUACCACCUCAGGCAGCGAUCUCCUCAACACGACCGUGUCAGAAACAAAAUCAAGCAGGGACGAGUCCCUAGCCCAGGUAGAAGUAGCGGUGCUCACCUUCAUCUUCGGCUUCACCGUCCUCGGUAACACAUGCGUGCUGGUAGCCCUCGCCGCCCGACGGUCCAAGAUGACCCGGAUGUACUAUUUCCUCAUCCAUCUGUGCGUCUCGGACCUCACUACAGCCUUCCUGAGCGUGCUUCCUCAGCUGGGCUGGGACGCCACACACCGGUUCCGAGGCGGCAACCUGGUCUGCAAGGCAGUCAAGUUCGGACAGCUCCUGGGACCUUACCUGUCCUCGUACGUGCUCGUGGUGACUGCUGUGGACCGCUAUCAGGCCAUCUGCUUCCCCCUCUCAAACUGUUCCUGGUCUCCCACAAAGUGUAAACUUCUCAUCGCCGGUGCUUGGGUGGCGGCGCUGGUGUGCUGCGUGCCGCAGGUCUUCAUCUUCAGCUACCAGGAGGUGGCUCCAGGAGUGUUUGACUGCUGGGGUACCUUCGCGCAGCCCUGGGGACUCCGCGCGUACGUCACGUGGUACAGCGUGUCCGUCUUCUUCGUGCCCCUGGCUGUGCUCAGCUUUACGUACGUCUGCAUCUGUCGUUCGAUAUGGCGGAAUCUGUACCUGAAGAGGAAAAGUUCGGACGCGGAGUCCUGGAGCGGCAGUCGCACGUACCGGUUCAAGGGCACCUCGAUGGACAGCCACAAGACGAGCUCGAGCUUCGUGGGUCCCCGGAGUCACUCCGUGCGAGGGAUGUCCAGAGCCAAGGUGAAGACUGUGAAGAUCACUGUGGUGGUGAUUGCCCUGUACAUCGUCUGCUCGUCUCCUUUCAUCUGCGUCCAGAUGUGGAUGUACUGGAGUCCCGACGUAGACCUGGCGGACGUGUGGAUAAAUGCCACGGUGACCAUCCUAAUGCUGCUCAACAGCCUCAACAGUUGUGUCAAUCCCUGGGUUUACCUCUUCUUCAACCGGAGUCUGGUGCACACGCUCAGACACCAGAUCUGCAGGUGUCCCGACGCCAAGAACGUCAGCAGUGGCAUCGCCGGAACCGGAAGUUGCCCCUCCGCCGUCAUCUUGGCGGACCUCACCACGCAGGGCACCGAGGCGCAGAGCGUACUCAGCUACAAGAGUUCCCCUACUGACACUAGUGCUAGACUGGCCACCGCCGUCGUCGGAAAACGGGGAGCAACAGAUGUGGAGGAAGACCUUCACUGUUCCUUGGAGAAGACCUCUGGGGCGAGUGACGCGCGUGCCACCAAGGGAACGGUGGACACCAUCGCCAUCGCUUGGCGAGGCGGGCAGGUCUUGGCCCGAAAGACGUCCUCUUCAUACCAGGACAUUCUGGCUUGCUGAGGUUCCGUGUGCUGUUUGAGUUCACUCGAGAAAGCAAGAUGAACUGCAAAAAGAAGACCAUAGAUUAAGUCUUGAGACUCGUCUGUUGGACUGAUCUGCAGAAAGGAGGACAGGAACGUCACCAGGUUGCAACAUACCCGUGUCAGGAAAGCACCGGGAGUUAAAAAGAAUAAGAACUUGACAGGCUGUGAGACGAAAUCAAGGUAACUUCAUGGCUAGAUCGUAAAGUUCCCGUCCACAGCCCUAACUUACUCAAAUAAUUUAAGGCGAUUUGUAAACAUGUUUAUUCAGCCCGCCACUCUUUGCCAACGGUAAUGGGGCGUGCAGACAUUCUAGUAGAGUUCGAGCAAUCGUAAAAAUUAUUCAGGAGGUUUGACUUGAGUGUUGAAAACAAUAGGCUACUAGGCGUAGCAAGGGGAUGUCUUUUUUUAACUGUCAAACUAGAACGUCAAACAUCAAACUCAUGCCGUAAAGAUUAAAGGAAAA